AUGGCUGCAUUUAUUGCUGAAAAUUUUAAAUUUGCUGCUCUUUUCUUUAAGAGUAAGGAUGUAGUGAUCUUCAAUGGGCUGAUAGCCCUGGGGACAGUGGCUAGUCAAACAGCAUACAACAUAUUUGCCUUCGAAUGCCCAUGUUCUGCUCAGAGAAAUUAUCUUUAUGGGUUAGCUGCUAUUGGCGUACCUGCCCUAACUUUCUUUUUAAUUGGAGUAAUGCUCAGUCGUAGCACCUGGGACCUUGUUUCGGAGUGUCGCAUUAGAAAAUGCCGGAAGCUGUCUGCGGCUGCUGCUUUUGCUCUACUGGGUUCAAUAGUGGGCCGUGCAGCAGUGGCUCCUGUAACCUGGUCUGUCAUCUCACUCCUUAGAGGAGAGGCCUAUGUUUGUGCGCUUAGUGAAUUUGUGGACCCUCAGUCUUUGGAAAACUUUCCUUCCACUACCCAGAGCUCCAUUAUCAUGGCCCAGUUUCCCUGUAAGGAUGUGCCUUCAGAGCUGCUGCACUUCUGGAAAGACAUCGAACGCCGACUCAAGUAUGAAUCUCAGCUGUUGGGUUGGAUGUUGGUGGCUAUCAUCUCUUUCACUGUGUUCCUGGUGAUGUGUGGAAAGCGCUGCUGCUCUCCCCUGGGCUACCAGCAGGAGGCAUACUGGUCUUCCUAUCGGGCCAAUGAACACGCUCUUUUCCAGCGCACUGCUGAGGCUCACGCCAAGCUCCGUGCUGCUGAGAGCAUCAGGACCUUCUUUGGAUUUGUAGCCCUGGAGGAGCAGGAAAGGGGGCUUCUGGCAGCAUGUCACGGGGCCAAACUGGCAAUUUCCAAUCUGGAGUGGAACCAGAUAACAGGAGUUUACUUAUACAGAGAGAAUGAAGGGAUUCCUCUGUACAGUCGCCUAAAUAAAUGGGCCAAUUUCACAAUUGGGAACAACACUGAGGCCAUUGAGAUGGACAUGUUAGGUUAAGGUGUGAAUGGUCAUCCACAGUAACCAACUACCUUUUGGUCAUUUCUUGUGGACAAUUGUUUGUCCCUGCUGUGCAUAUCUGAGUAGUGUUUGCUUUCUUCUUUUAUUUUGCUUGAAAAUGUCACUAUGAUAAUUUAUUAUUUGAGAUGCAAACAUAUUUUUAAUCUGUUUUUUAACUUGAUGAUGGUAUGAAUUGAGUGAUACAGUUAAUUCAUCAGAAAUGUACAUUAAUACAUAAUGCAUACUGAAGCAGCUUUUCUCUGUUUGUAAAGACAUAGAAACCCAUGGAAAUUUUUUUUUAAAUGUAUGGGCUAUUUGUAUUUUUUUUUAUAUAUAUAUAUAUAUAUAUGUGAUGAUAUGUAUUGUAUACUAGUCUCUUAAUUUUUUAAAAAUUAAUUAUUCAUUAAUAAUGUCAGCAUUUGUUAUGGUGCCUUAUAAUUAGUUUUUGAGAAUGUAUGUUAUCUCAUGUGGGCUACACGGGGGUACAGUGGGUGGCAUUGCUACCUCACGGAUCUAGGGUCCUUGAUUCAAUUCUGAACUCAGGAUUCACAAUGGUGUGUAGUUUCCUCCAAUUGUCCCAAAAAACAUGCAGGUAGAUGGAUUGGCUACACUGUGUGUGUGUGUGUGUGUGUGUGUGUGUGUGUGUGUGUGUGUGUGUGUGUGUGUGUGAAUGGUGCUCUGCAAUGGACUCAAACCCCAUUAUCCUGCUAUGCGGCCAGUGUUGCCGAGAUUAUCUCCACAUUCACCACAAGCCUAACCACGAUAAAGCAGUUACUGAAUGAAUCCAUGUUAUCUCAGGUAGGCCCUGUGUUAGGACAUGUUGGUGUGCUGUACAGACAACUAUUGUUAAUAUUGUACAAUACGUAUAUAAAAUAAUCCACAAUAUAUUACAAUAUAUUUUAUUAAAGUUUUCAUUGUA